AUGGCCGACGACGACGUGGAUGCGCGCUUGCGCCAGGCCGAGUUCGACCUCUUGUACCAGCGCAUGAUGCGUCGGCGGGCGCCAUCGCCCGUGGAGCCACCGGCGCAGCCAUCACCCGUGGAGCCACCGGCGCAGCCAUCACCCGUGGAGCCACCGGCGCUGCCAUCACCCGUGGAAGCGCCGGCGCAACCAGCAGCCGAGGAGACGCCAACGGCAGCAGCACCCGCCACGACGCCGCGCAAGCGGCGGCGACGUGACCCUGCUGUCGUGCGCAACACCCGCGCAUACGCCCGCGCUGAGCGAAACUCGAUCGUUCUCGCCGACUCGAGCGACGAAGACGAAUGCGAGUCGAGCUCGACCGAUGACAUCGCGCCGUCGACGUGCAUGGAGGUCGAUGUACCCGACAACACGGACGCUUCGCCGAGAUUGCUGCUGCCGCUGACCGCGACCAAGAGCGAGCGCCAGAACGCGCCACGCAGAGUGUUUCUAACGAGGACGCGCCAAGCCACACCGCGGCAGGUGCGGCGCUCGCGCAAGGAGCGCCACGUACACCCGUCCCGGUACAGCGUCGCCGCUGCCCAGUGCUACGCGCGCUUGGACGCGGUGGCCGCGCUGCUUCGACCGCCCGACUUUACACCUAGAAUCGUCGUCUUUGGGUCGUUUGGCCCGCUGACAACGUGCGCCGUGCCCAUGCCGCCACGACUAUUACCUUCCUCGUCCUUGUACCUAUAA